AUGGGUGACAAAGUGUACUACAAAAGAGUGGACUGUCCAGAAUGGAAAGGGCCAGGAACUUUCAUCGCUCAGGAUGACUUAAUUGAAGAGUAUGAGGGGAGUAAAGAGGAGGAACAUCAUGUCAAAAUUGAGGAAAAAACUCAAUUACAGACUGAUGGUAUUUUAAAAAGGAGAGAUGAGAAUCGUUUCACCUGCAUCUGCACUCAGUGUGGAAAGAGUUUUGAAAGAAAAGGCAGUCUUAAGAUUCACAUGCAGAUCCACACUGGAGAGAAACCAUUCACAUGCAAUCAGUGUGGGAAGAGUUUCAGCCAAUCAUCACACCUUAAUGAACACAUGAUGAUCCACACUGGAAAGAAACCAUUCACAUGCACUCAGUGUGGGAAGAGUUUCGUCCGGUCAUCAUCCCUUAAUCUACACACGAGGAUCCACACUGGAGAGAAACCAUUCACAUGCACUCAAUGUGGGAAAGGUUUCAUCUGCUCAUCACACCUUAAUCGCCACAUGAGGGUCCACACUGGAGAGAAACCAUUUACUUGCCCUCAGUGUGGAAAGAGUUUCAGCUGCUCAUCACACCUUAAUCACCACAUGAGGAUCCACACAGGAGAGAAACCAUUCACAUGCACUCAGUGUGGGAAGAGUUUCAGCCAAUCAUCAGACCUUAAUCAACACAUGAGGAUCCACACCGGAGAGAAACCAUUCACAUGCACUCAGUGUGGGAAGAGUUUCAGCAAAUCAUCAUCCCUUAAUCAACACAUGAGGAUCCAUACUGGAGAGAAACCAUUCACAUGCACAAAAUGUGGGAAGAGUUUCAGCCAAUCAUCAUCUCUUAAUAAACACAUGAGGAUCCACACUGGAGAGAAACCAUUUACUUGCACUUAAGCUGAGGGCACAAUGGACUUUACUCCCAAUAGAGUUCCAUUCAUACACACAAAUGCGUCAGACCGGAAAUGCAAGUUCGUGUGUCAAGUUUCGCAGUUCACUGCCUUGCAAAGUUCAAACUUGGUGAACUCUGACCUGCAAAAUCGCAUCACUUGACUGCGUGAGACCAAUUAAAGAUCAAAACAUGACCUCUGGGCAGAAAUUUUAAAUAUGGACCAAUCGCUCACUUUUUUAAAUAUCUAAUCAUCUUGUUUAAUCCCGCCCUUUUUCGCAGUGCCGUACAACAGAAUUUCGCAUGCUCAAACUCUAGUGUGACCGCAGCUUCGGUGUGGGAUGAGUUUCAGCAACUCCUCAGACCUUAAUAAACACAUGAAGACCCACACUGGAGAGAAACCAUUUACAUGCACUCAGUAUGGGAAGAGUUUCAACCGAUCAGCAAACCUUAAUGAACACAUGAAGAUCAGCACUAGUGUGAAAGAGUGUUUGUGUGCUUUGAGUGUGAGAAGACUUUUAUUACAGCUCCAAAAUUGAAACUGCACCAGACAAUUCACACUGAAGAGACCGUACAAGUGUUCACACUGUGACAAGAGGUUUAUUCAGUUAACACAUCUGAAAACACAAAAGAGGAUUCACACUGGAGAGAAACUGUACAGAUCUGAUCAGUGUCUACAGAGUUUCGCUCCUUCGGCGCAGCUUAACAAACGCAUGGACAAAAAGUUGCACACAUGACAUGAAUGCAGCAAAACAUUUUCUCAUGUGCACAGGAUGUUUCAUGUCUAAAUAAUAAUUGAAAAGGCUGAGUGACGGUAUACUGUUUUCCAACACUCCUACACUGCAGUAGGUCGGGUUGCAAAUGUGUUGCGCUCCUCACGUUUACCGUAAACACAUUGAUGGCGGCUGAGAGAAGAACAGUUUCAUAAACAUCUGGCAAACAGCACCUCUGCGGCUUAAAAUCUCUUUGCAAGUGAUUGUACAGGUGCGGAUUACUUGUAUCAUGUAGUUAAAGUGUUGCUGUGAUUAUAUCCUAAGUUCUUUAUCUUCAUUAUUAUCCCUAGACAUUUGUUGGUUGCUUUGAUUGAUUGUUCUAUGAGUUACAUUUUAUAAUAAAUAAUUUGCA